UAGGCCAUUCUUUGCUAACCGAGUACUUCCGUUUGCAGACUUAAUUGUAAAUUUACUCGGCGCGACUAGUUUUUCUUUUUACUUGAUGGAUGAGCUAGCCCCAAGGUUGGACUUCAAACACAGUGCUUUUGCGCGGCAUACUAUCAGGCACCGUUGGCCCGUCAUACUUGCACAGUUGAUUGACUCCGUCUACCGUAACCGAGUUCGAUACCAGGAGGAUGAAGGGAUUGACCCAGAAAAGCUCAAAUCAUUGACUGGAUGUAUUGGUCAGUUGCGUUAUGAGGUGACCACGGAUAAGCCCAUUACAUUACUGUCCUCAGUUCUUCCUAACUGCAGUGAGGAGCUGGAAGUGUGGAAUAGCCGACUGCACGCAAUUGGUGUUAAACUUACAGGCAAGGACGAUCUAAAGGGAGCAACGUCACAACACCCCAGUUGGCACAGUUUGCCAUGGUUGUUCACAGAGUGUUAUUUGUAUCGGCGGAUUAUGGAUCAUGUGUUUCACCAUGGGUUACUUUCUUUCGAUCCGUUUGCGGCUAAGAAACAUUCUGGCCUUAAGGGAUCAGUUGCACUGCUGGAACAGCUGCUGCGGUUCCUGUCACUGUUGGAGGACACGUGCGGCUACACUUCCGAUGAAGAGAUAUUUGAAACGUUUUUCCAAGCGGCGCUAUGGGCGAAUGAAUUUGACCUGUCGCUGCAUGCAAAAGAAGAACACCACGUUGGUGGGACGAGCGAUCUUCCCACUCAUAUACGGCGAAUGCUUGAACGCAUGGUUGUGAACGAUACCCAUGAGCUAUGGCGAUUCUGGACAAACAGGAUGAAAGGUCCAUCUUCGGUAUCCUUCAAACAAGAACAUAUCACUUCAAUCGUUUUGGACAACGCAGGUCCCGAACUCGUGGCCGACCUGUGCCUUGCGGAGUUUCUCAUUCGGAGUCAACUAACUUCCAAGGUUGUUUUCUAUCCCAAGUGUAUACCUUGGUUCGUUUCUGAUGUGACGGCGGCAGAUGUUGACUGGCUGCUAAAAAUGGACGGAGCGGUGCAAAACCCGCGGAUUUUUCGUUCGANUGAAUUUAUCGUUCGAAAUUCCACGUUUUGGACGCUUCCAUGUGAUUUCGCCGAAUUGGCGGCGAAUGAGCGGACGCUGUGCGACGCGCUUACGCAGUCAGACGUGGUAGUUUUCAAGGGUGAUCUAAACUAUCGAAAACUUGUUGGCGACAGGUCAUGGACUCCAGACAACCCACAACACAAACUCAAUGCAUUCCGGGCUAUGCAACUCGGUCGAACAGUCUCCUCAGACGGUCUUAUUGAUUGCAAAUGUACACCUGUUUCGGAAAGUAGGUCGGAUAGUCGCAAGCACCCGCUCGGUGCUCCUGUUGAUUGCCGGUGUCACAACGAGGACAGUACAUCGUCUCCGCCGUUGGUGAUCGCCUUGCGCGUGGCCAAGGCAGAUGUUGCUGUUGGGCUCAGUCCUGAAAUGUUACGAAAAGUUACAACGGAAUCUUCCGAUUGGUGGACUCUCGGUCGAUACGGCUUCGUACAACUUAUCAGUCCACUGUACUUUGGGUGAUGCUGUCACACUCAUUUUUCCUUUCUGAUGUGCGCGCGUUCGUCCCAUGCCUUUCUGCUUCCUACUCACCAGUUAUUUACUAUAUCAGAAUGAUGCCGAAGUUUUUUUUGUAUUGAUAAACGAUAUCUACC